AAUUCGAGUGCUUUUAGCCAAUUAUGUCAGUAAAAACUGUAAAGAGACCCCGAACUACAAAAUCGCUAUUUAGUAUUUACGUGGAGUACCUUGAGAGGAAUUCUGUGUUAAGAACGGGAAAACUUUCCCCCAAUUUAGGCGCUGAAGAUGUUCAGAACUUGUGGGUGAAAUUAUCGCAGGCCUUAAAUGCCUGUGGAGAUGGGCCGACAAGAGAUUCGGAUGGAUGGAAGAAGGUCUUCACCGAGUGGAAGUCCCAAGUAAGGAAAAAGGCACGUGAAAAUAAGGUCCUAAAUGAGUUGGAGCUGCGUUUAUUAAAAGCAACUGGCACAGUAGUGGUAGAUGGUAUUUCUGAAAUACCAGAGUUAGGAAUUAAUGAGGUCGACUUUGUUCAAGCGGUUGACGGUGUUGAAUUAGAAUUGGCAGACCAUGUAGAGCAAAGCAUACAAAUUGUAGAGGAAGAAAAUGCUUUUAAUGAUAUUCACAAGGAUACUCAUUUAGAGCAAGGUAUUGAAAAGCCCGAAGAUUAUGUGCAAAGCGAGGUAGGAAGAAAGUCGAUUAAGAAGAAAAAAAAAAAUUCAACACAAAUCCUGUUAGAGGAGUAUCAACGUCAACAAGAAGUGCACCAGGAAGGAUUGCAAAAGGUUGCUGCUUCACUACAAUCAAUAGCUAAUGCUCGAAAACGUUGUGCAAAAACAGCAUCAGAACAAUAUCAGUUGUAUGUCGACUAUUUACUUCGAAAUAAAACGAAUAAACCCAAUGCAGACUUAGAUUUUUGUAAAUUAUGCCAACUAUUAAACACAGGAAAUGGCCCUUCACGAAAUGAAAAGGAAUGGAAACAGGUAUUUGCGGAAUGGACUUCAAAAACAAAAAGAAAAGCAAGAGACAUAUAUGUCCAUCAACAAAUGACUGGUGGUGGACCUCCGAUAAAUACGUUUUUAACCGACUUAGAAGAAAAGUUACUGUCCGUUAUAAAUAUCAUAGCCGUGUAUGGUAUGAACGUUCCUGAGCUUGGUCUAACAAAAUUUGGACAAAAACAAACUUUUCUUAAAACACCUACGUGA